AUGUCGUCUCUAACUUCUCUCGCCAUUGUAUCAAUUUUCAUAUUUUCUCUAUCGAGUGUUUCAUCUGAUUGUACCAGUUGUUGUAAUUAUAAUAUUGGCUGUAGUACAGCUUAUAAAGGCGGCCCAGCCAGAUCAACUUGUGGUUCCUACGCUUAUUGCAAUAGUUAUUAUUAUUGGGGAAAUUUGACACUUGCUGGACUAAUCGGCGUCAUUGCCGGUAGUAUUUUCGGAUGUAUCUUUUUAAUCGCAUUAUGUCACUAUUUGUGCAAAAGACAACGACGACAUACAGGAGCACCUGUAAUACUUUUACCACCAACAUUUCAGAAUCCUGGUAUCCGUCAAGCACCGCCACCUUAUGUAUCUUCUACUAAAGCAUAA